AUGGCCAAGGAACGAUCCGCUGCUGGGCGGGAUUCGCCUUCGGAGCCGACCCCAACACUCGGCCGGCGCAGUAGCGACCUCGAACAGACAGACGACAUUGCGCGAUCACUGUCUUCACAACCAGGUCCAUUGGCGCCCGACAUCCAAGAGAACAGCGUUUCCAGUCCUCUCCACGCCAAUGGAAACGGAAAGCAUCGCUGUCAUCAUGUUCGAGACGAAGAGGCUCAACCAACAGAGUCCUCACCACUGCUCGGUGACCGCGAGCGCGAGGACGAGGAGACAGCGCCGGCAGCAGAGACAGCACAGGUAUUCCUGCUCAUCACGAACCCUGGGCGUUUCUGGUUGAUCUUCGCCGUCAUUUUGAUCAACCUGUUCAUCAUGGCCUUUGACGGCACCAUCAUGGCCUCGUCCCACCCCGUCAUCACAUCCCACUUCCAUGCCGCCAACUCGGCCUCCUGGCUGUCGACAUCAUUCCUCCUGACCUCGACGGCGUUCCAGCCGCUGUUUGGACGCUUGACCGACGCUGUGGGGCGGAAGCCUCUCUUCGUGGCAUGUGCUGUCAUCUUCUUCCUGGCGACCUUGUGGUGCGCACUUGCAGGAAGCAUCGAGAGUUUCAUCGCUGCGAGGGCCCUCUGUGGCCUCGCCGGUGGUGGUGGUGGCACCAUUGGCAGCAUCAUGACGAGUGAUUUGGUGCCCAUUGAACGCCGAGGUUCCUAUCAGGCCUACAUCAAUGUCACCGCCGGCGUUGGGGGUGCCCUCGGCGCUGCGCUGGGCGGCUGGCUAGCCGAGUCCUUGGGUUGGCGAUGGGAAUUCGGCAUCCAGUUACCUUUCCUCGCCUUUGUCACUACAGUCGCCCUGCUUGCCAUCCCGGCGGAUCUGGGGCUUCAGGAGGAUCGCAAGAGCACCGUUUCGCAGCAGCUCAAGGACUUUGACUUUCAGGGCUCCCUUCUGCUCACCAGCUGCAUCACAUCCCUGAUCCUGGGCGUCAACCUUGGCGGAAACAUCUUGCCCUGGAAGCACCCAUUCAUCAUCGCGUCCCUCAUUGUCUUCGCCAUAACGUUUCCUCUGUUCAUCUGGGUCGAGAGACGGGCGACUAGGCCCAUUAUGCCCUUGCAGGUCCUCCUCAUGGCCCCGCGCGCCAACCUAGUCUUCUCCAACUUUAUCGCGGCGCUGCUCAUGAACGCGCUGACGUUCAACCUGCCCCUGUUCUUCCAGGCUGUCCUGCUCUCUAGCGCCACAGACUCGGGACUCCGGCUGGUCAUGCCGUCCAUUGUCGCCUCCGUCUUCGGCGCCUUUACCGGGUUCGCCAUCACCUGGACUCGACGGCUCAAGUGGCCUCCGAUGCUCGGCUCGUCAUUGUUGCUUUUGGGAUGUGUCUCCCUCUCCCUGCUCCGGCGCGAUCUCCCAGAGAUAGUCUACAACCUCGCCCUGGUGCCUUCUUCCGUCGGGCAGGGAUUCGCCUUCUCGGGGACGUUUAUGGCUUUGCUCGCCUCAUCCCAGCAAAAGGAGCAGGCUGUUGUGACGAGCACUCUCAUUCUCUGGCGAAGUCUGGGUCUUGUCGUCGGCGUUGCGUAUGCGUCGCUCGUCGUCCAGAAUGCGCUGCGCUACUAUCUCAAUAUAUACGUGGACGACAUCCCGGACAAGGCUGAGAUGAUCGAAAAUGUCAGAAAGUCCGUCGAGCUAGUGGCCAAGCUGGAGCAGCCGCUGAGGGACCAGGUCGUGAUGAGUUACGAGGCGGCGAUUCGGCUGACGUUCAUGACACUGAGCAUUCUGAGCGCGGUCGCAGUGUUGAUAAUCAUCCCCAUCAAGCUGCCUCGUCUUCCCAAGAGAGAUUAG